AUGUCGCGCAUAUGGCUGGUCCUCGUCAUGUGUCUCGCUGCCUUGGGUCUUUCGCGAGGAGAGUGGAGGGCAGACACGCAUGGACUUGCGAUGCUUGAGGAGACGAAAUUGUUGAGUCUGGACGCGAGACCCUCUGCACAGCUCUGCCCGUCAUGCUCGCAGACUCCUUCCGUGAAGAUGAACCGCAAGUUUCUCCCGACCAACACCGUCCUCGUUCCUCUGCGCGCCCGUCGAGAUGACGGCAAGUUGGCUGGACCUCCUUGUCAGCGAUGCGUCGCCGACAGCGAGACUCGUUACGCCCUCCUCCACAAGCCCGCAGACCCUCCCAAGCAGCGGAUGCAGGAGCGAGACCAAGCUUCCUUCACCCUCCACCCUCUCGCCCUUGUGCGACGCUGCGUCAGUCUUGUGCUCCUCCGCCUGCUGAAGGCCGCGGCAGAGCUGCGCUGGGCGAGCAGCAAGUCGACGCUGCUCCUCGCGAGGGUGGUGGGGCAUCUCAUCUCGCAGUACCUGGAGGAUGACGAGGCCAAGUCAAGGCCUGGCACCUGGUGGCAGCGCGUAACGAGCUCAAGCCACCUGCUCUACAUGCGGGAGGCGGCGCUCAUGGGGUUGCUUGAGCAUGUCGACUGUCCGGUGGAGAAGGAAAGGAGGGAGCUGGACGUGGACGCGAUUUGCGGGAGAACCCUCCGCCUGUGCGGACAAGACGCGGUGCGGAGUCUGGUGUCGCAGCUGUCGGGCAGUCUGCGGGUGUCCCUGGGCCUGCUCAACACUGCGCUGCUGUGCUUGAGCUUUGUGGGGGUGAAGGUGGCAGGAGGAAGAUACACAGUGACAGAGACGAGCGUCAACGUCAACGGCAUGUUCUGCCAGGGACUCGGCGAGGUGGGAGGGGGAGGGCACGACAACCCGCUGCCCAGCAUCUUCGGACGACGAGACGACGACGAGAUGUGCGCCCUGCAUGCGCUGCUCGAUGUGCCUUUCAACCUGGUGGACUCGCUGCUGGGGAUGCAGGGGAUCUUGUCAGCCUCUGGCCGCUGUGCGGUCAAGGACGAGCUGGUGAUCCAGGCUGCGAGGAGAGGAGCGCGUCUGGAGGGUCACAGCCUCGGGACGUUGGACGCUCGUCUGAUGAAGGCGAGCAUGGGAUGGGCAGGUCCCGUCGUCUUGCUUGCUCCUCCCUUCCCUGGAGGUUGGGAGGCCGGAGUGCAGACUGUCUGCGCUCAUAGCGAUCCUGUCUGCUUCGGCCCAGCUGCUCCUGUGCUGGGCCUUGCUAAGGAGGUGCAUCGGAUCCCAGGACGAGGCAUCGGGAUCGUCCACAGCAGGAGGAGGUACAAGGACUACCUGAGGAGUCUGACGUCGUGGGACGCAAAGGAUGGCGAAGUCUCGACUCAGAUGACUUCGAGCUGGCAAAUGUCGUUCAUGAUGCUUCCUGGACGCCUGCUGGAAUGGCUGCUCGGGUCCUUGUCGUGGAACUUGUCAAGCUCGGCAGUGGCUCGUCGCUUGUGA